UAAAAGCUCAGUGAAGAAGAAGAAGAAGAAGAAGAAGAAGAACACAGGAAGUAAACAACACAGCUGCUAUUCUCAGAUUGUUGGAUGUAUGGUAUUAUCUGAGACACGUUAUUUCAGUUGUAGUGAAAUUAACCAACAAUGUCGUCAGUUGAGAACAUGAGAACGUUUUUCCUCGAGCGGCUGACUGCUGCUGCCGAAGAAAUAUUCGGAGCUUUUGAAAAAACUAUCUUCGAGUACCAGGAAGAGGUCGACCGUCAGCGCAGACUGCUGGACAUCGUUUGGAAACCUGAAAUAAAGUUACAAUGGAGAGAGCAACAUGUCUCUCAGGAGGAGGAGGAGGAGGAGGAGGAGGAGGAGGAGGUUCUCUGUGAGCAGCAGCUCUGUAUUCAGGAGAGGAGCUCCAGUCUGGACCAAGAGGACUCAGAGCCUCCACAGAUUAAAGAGGAACAGGAGGAACUGUGCACCAGUCAGGAGGGAGAGCAGCUUGAGCUGAAGCAGGAGACUGAGACCUUCAUGUUGACUCCUACUUAUGAAGAAACGGACCACAGUGAACCAGAACCCACACGUGACCACCAGCUCCUCUCUUACUUCUCUCAUGUAGCUGAGAGCCCAGAUCGGAUAGGAAGCGAGCAUGAACACUUGGAAUCAACCAGAAAUGCAGAGCAAAAUCUAAAGAAUCAACAUCAGCAAAGCAGAAAUCGUGUUAACAAAGUGCAUAAUCCUGAAGCGUCAAUUGUCUAUAAUACUCACGCGGGUAAAAAGACUGUCCAAUGUGCCAUGUGUAACAAAACCUUUCAGUUUAAGUCACGUUUGCUGAAACACAUGAUAGUACACACAGGUGAAAGGCCUCGUUUACAUAGGUCUUUAAAAUGUGACACAUGUGGAAAAACUUUUAUUUACCAGUCAUGCUUACUCAUGCACCUGAGAACUCACUCGGGUGAGAAACCGUAUUCUUGCGAUACCUGCGGUAAAAGAUUCAGUCAGAAAUCUUCACUGAAAUCUCAUUUAAGAGUUCAUACGGGUGAGAAACCAUAUUCUUGCCAAACAUGUGGGAAAGGAUUCACUCGGAUAUCAAUAUUGAACACUCAUAUGACAAUCCACACAGGUGAGAAGCCUUAUUAAUGUGAAAUAUGUGUGGAAGAUUUCAGACUUUAGUAGUGACUUGACAGUCAACAUGAGAAUCCACACGGGUGAAAAGCCACUUACUUGCCUCUUAUGUGGGAAUACGUCCAGAAUUAGUGGUGACCUGUCAGUACACAAGAGAAGACACCAUAGUGAAUUAAUUUGACUCAUCACUGCUCUGAAGAAAAAAACAAAAACCUGAGGAUCAAUAUCCACAGGAGAAACCAUCAGGCUACAUCUCUGUGACAAUGUAAAAUGUUUUAAAUAACCUUAAGAUGACCUUAUCUUAAUAGAAAGUAACCCUUUAUUGAUCUAUGUUACUGGAAUUUCUGUUCGCAAACAUCAUUUCCCAAAUGAAGGAGAAGUGUGUUCAUGGUGUGAUCUUGUCUGUUGCGGUUAAUGUCAAAUCACGAAGCGUAUCAGUUUAUGUUUAGUGUAAUAUUGAACAAGAACUCAAGAUGCAUGUACCUCAAGUAGUAUUUGACAGUUCUAUAUGAAGCCUCUUGAACGUUGUUGCAAGACUGGAUUAUUUGAGUUGAUUGUUAACUCUAAUGUUGAGCCUCAUUUUAUUUGUUGAUGUGUUUUUAAAAUUGGCUCAACUUCAUACAAGUUUUGUUUUAGGAGACUUUAGAGAUGACACACAUACACACAUUGUCUAUGGUGUGCUACAUGGGGUUCUGCUAUUAUUAGAUCUUGUGUGUAUUAUAACAUUAAAGAUGCGUACGUGAUGAUUUAAGAAUACCAG